CUCCACACACGCGGCAUUGCAAACGACACUGCGAGACAGUUUGCAUUAUUCGCUCUGAAACGCGCUGCAUUGCUUCGCUGACUAGCUUUUGUUGCAUAGCGCCGAGCAGCACAUUGCUGCAACCAAAAAGCGAUGGCGCUCCGGACAGCAUGCAUCGCGCUUGCCCUCGCGAGGAGCGCCGCGCUGCAGGCGGCGCCCCGCCCGCGCACGGCGGCCACGCGCGCCGGCGCCGCGCCGUCGCUCUUCGACGCGCCGGCGAGCGACGAGCUCGAGACGCUCGAGGCCCUCGAGGAGGCGCUCGAGGCCAAAGCCGCGCUCUACCGCGGCGACAGCCGAACGAAAUCACCGGCCUGGGACGCGGCCUUCUGGCGCGAGUUCGACGGCGAGGCGCAGUGCCGGGCCGUCGAGAGCGCCGACGCGGCGGCGGGCGCGCGCCUGCGGCACUUUCUGACGCUGCACCGCGUGCUGUCGCUGAGCGCGAACCAGCGGAACCGGACGGAGUUCGUAUCGCGGUACGCGGCCUCGGCGCUCGCCGAGGACGGCGACGGGCGCCGCGUCGUCUCCGCGCUCCACGCGUACCCCGGGCUCGAGACCCAACCUAAGCUCGAGCUGCCGGCGUGGGCCGCAUCGUUCGGCCAGACGGUGGCGGGUCUGGCCGGGAGCGAGCUCGCCGCGGUGCCCGAAGUAGAAACGAGCGAGGCAACGAGCGACGAGAACAAGUUUCUCGACCUCGACAGCAAGGCCGAGGACGAGUUCGGCGAGGGCAUCAUGGAGGAGUUCGGCGAGCUCGAGUCGGAGCCGCUCAAGAUGUCCACGCAGGACGCGGGCGCGCCCGAGGACCUCGCGGCGUCGCUCGAGGCGCUCGACGCGGCGUACCGCGACGGCGAGGAGGAGGCCCUCGACUUCAGCGACGAGCUCGCGGAGUUGCUGGACGACGGUGGUGCGGAGGAGGACGCUGUGGAGCCGGUCGCGGAGCGCAAGGCGGCGACGGCGCACGCCUACGGCCGGGCCACGGCGCUGGGGCGGUCCCAUUUCCCGCAGCUGCUCGACGCGCUCGAGGGCGUCCCGGACCUCGGCCCGCGCCACGUCGCGUUAUUGGAGCAGGCGCCCGACACGCGCACCGCGCCGCACUCGGACCUCCAGGCCUACACGGCGACGCUCUACGUGUUGGUCGCGGGGAGCGGCGGCGUUGUGGUCGACGGCGUCGAGACGGCGCUCGCGCCGGGCGAGGCGCUGCUCCUGGACACGACGUUCCGUCACGCGACGUUCGCCGGCGCGGGCGGCGCGCGCUUCGUCGCCGUCGACGUCUGGCACCCGGCGCUGACGGCGGCGGAGCGCGACGCGCUCGCGGCCUUCUUCGCGCUCGACGAGCAGUUCGUCCUGCGCCGCGACCAGAGCGCGGAGGCCGUCGAGGCGCUGCGGCGGACGGACCGGGGGCUGGACCUGCUUGUGGCGGAGGCGGAGUAAGUAUAUCAACA